GUGUCAUCGCUGAUCAUUGGAGGGGGUAACUCUGUCUUCAGGCGAUGGAGGCGCCUUAGCAUAAUAAAUAUGCACCCAUUGAGAGCCGUCAACGUCAAUUGGAAUCAAGCACUGUGUAAUCCCACCCCUAACUUACGCUUUCUUCGAAUCCAUGGCUUACAUUUCGAAAAGCCUAUUCUCCCUUAUGCGCCUUCUCUCGAGGAGAACAAGGUUACAUUCGAGACGGCGUUUGGAGUGGAGCCACAAGUCAGGAAGAAGUUGUCAAAACCAAGGCCAUCAACUGACCCUUCCUCCGCUCUGAUGAGACCAAAGACCCCCAAUAGUGAUACAGGGACGGCUACGAAUUUUACUACCAGUGGGCGACUGACGGAGGAAGGAGAAACAAGUGAAGCAUAUAGGAUGACCCCUAUCACUUCUCAACCGCUGGCGAGACAACCGCCUUGGCAGCAGCAUCAAGGACAAACCCUCCAACCACCUUCUCCGCAACAAUCUGAGUCUAACCAACGUUGGAGUUCUAUCGGGUUGGCGAUCUUGAUAUUCCUAGAUAUUACUCUCUGGUGGAGGUCAUAUACGAGGCCUUCGUACUCUCCGCCUUCUUGCUCCUCAUCAUUCAAUAUGUCGCCAAUACAGCUUCCACAAGAACAGCGGAGGGUAUCGACCAACGAAGCCGUACUUCAUGUAUACCUUGAAGUG